UGAAAACGAGAGUUCUCUCUCAACUCUCAUUCUCUUUGAAACGAAAAACCCACACCUCUCAAUCUCUCACUUUCUCAAUCAAUCGCGCUCAUCAAUCUUUCUCUGUCACUCUCUCAGUUUUAGGAUGGAAGUCAACACUGAGGCUGCUGCAACUGGAAGCAGCAUCGAAACAACACCAACAAGCACAUCAUCGGCUCUUGUUUCAUCUGAUAAACCUCCGUUUGCUCAAGUUCAAUCUACCCAAGUUUCUGCUCAGGUUCAACCUACUGAUGCAGCAAGCAGUCAACUUCCUCUUGCUGAUACUGAAAGCAAGAAAAAGAACAAGAGCAUAGCAUGGGAUCACUUCACCAAUCUAUUGAAUCCUGAUGGUUUAAAGAUGGAGAAGCCUCGAGCCAAGUGUAAUUACUGUCCCCAGACAUACUUUGUGCACUCGAAGUCGAAUGGGACUACAAGCAUGAAGAAUCACAUGCUCUAUCAAUGCAAGAAGUGUCCCCUCUACAUCCCGGCAAAAAAACAGAGACAUCUAGCAUUUGAUUCCGUUGAAAAUGGUGAAACUAUGAAAGCUUUUAGUUAUAAUGAAGAUGUAGCUAGGAUUGCACGUGCUAAGAUGGUUAUUAGUAUGGGUCGUCAACAGGCCGAGCUGGGCUGGUUCAUAGCCCUUACAAUUCUUUUACAUAAUGACGGGCUAGGCUUUAUUAUAAAUUUCAAGAUCCAAGCCCGUCCAUAUAAACCGGGCCUUGCGGGUUUUUUUUCGAGUCAGGUAGCCCUCGUUUAUCCGGAACGGGCCCAUAUUCUCUAG